GCUGCUUUCUCUGUGAUGCACAAAUAUAAUUUAGAGCAACGAACUCCGUUGGCGGGAAUAUUACUGCCGAUGAUUGCAGACUUUGCAAGAUCCUUAACAAUGGCGUGCUCAGUAGAUGCUCCCUCCCUGAAGGACCUGCCCAAGGUGGCCACUGACCUCAAGAGCCAGCUGGAAGGCUUCAACCAGAGCUGUCUCCGCGACGUCGACACCAACGAGAAGAUCGUGCUGCCAUCUGCCGAAGACGUAGCGCAAGAAAAGCAACACAACGCGCUACUUCAAGGCGUUGAACAAUUUCAGACAUCCUCCCUCAGGAAAACGGAGACAGUGGAAAAAAUCGUGCUUCCAAACGCACUAGAUGUUGCCGCCGAGAAAACUCAAAAGUCCCUAUUCGAUGGUAUCGAAAAGUUUGAUGCUACAAGGCUGAAGCACACAGAAACACAGGAAAAGAACCCACUUCCUGACAAAGAUGUUGUAGCAGCGGAGAAACAGCACCAGAAUCUGUUGGACGGCGUUGAGCACUUCGACAAGAGUCAGAUGAAGCAUACGACAACGGAAGAAAAGAACCCCUUGCCACCUAUUGAAGCUAUCGAAGCUGAGAAGGAAAAGAACAAGUUCCUGAACGGCAUCGAGAACUUCGACCCUACCAAGUUGAAGCACACUGAGACUUGCGAGAAGAACCCUCUUCCGACCAAGGACGUCAUCGAGCAGGAGAAGACGGCCUGAACAGCCUCCUUACUAUACUACCCGCAACUAUAUCUCGCUAGUAUCGCCGUAUUUUAAACUCGAUGUAAGUCAUAGGUCCGUUUGCACUGUCCGUUUAUCAAGUCUUCAUUUUUAUCAAACGACGGAACGCCACUAAGUUCAACCAGACUUAGAAUGGACUUUGUAAAUGGUCCUUAUCAUUAGUUUAUAGGAACCAAAUUUUCUAUGUCACUUUUUAACGGUAUAUUAUGUAUUUAAUAAGCGUAUUUUACGAGCAUUUUAUAAUUUAAUUUAUAUUGAAAGAAUAAUUAAGUAUGAAUGUCCAGUACUGAUUUUAUUUAAGUCGGGAACACACUGCACUCCAAAUAAUUUGUAUUGUUUUAUUCAUUCGUCUGUGCUUGUGUUCUCUUUAUGUUGAGAUAUGUUUAAGUGCUCACGAGAAUUAUGCAUCUGCGCGUGUGUGAUACUCUGGUCAAUAAAUUAGGAGUGUAGUUACCAAAUCUCAUUUGGGUCUAAAUUUAUUUUUUUAACUUUAUUUCUGCGUUGAUAUAGUAUUUUUUCAUUGUAUUGUAUUAACUUAGAAAUUAGUUAAGGAUCAUCGAAGUAGUACUGUAAUAAUAUCACUUGCUCAACCAUUUUUGGUAUAGAUAUUCAAAAAGAAAGCAAUAGUUUGUUUAAGCAUUAUGUGAACAAUCAUAAUUUUUAUAUUGUCAUAUACAACCAAUAAUCAACAUUUUUCCAUUUUUAUAAUGACGCUGUCGAUGCCAAUAAACCAUUUUUACCGGAAUUUUGUAUGUUUUACAGACGGUGCUUUUUAUAAAUAUAGAUUUAAAAAAUGA